CAAGGAGGGCGAAAGAGCGGGCGCGUCGCCAAUGGCGCCGCUUUCGCCGCUCGCGGGCUUGGCUCGCCGCUCGCGCUGCUGCCGGAUCCUGCUCCGCUCCCUCUCUCUCGCCCUCAUCACCACCUUUGUCCUCGCGCUCGUCAUCUGCAAGGCCGUCUACGACAAUGACACUGACGCUUUGCCCGACCAGGGCUUGCAACCCAUCUCGACGUACCUGAUGGGGCAGUGGCCAGGCCAGACUGCGAACCUCGCCAUCUCUCGCACGGGCUUCGCGCUCGUCGUUGCCCAGGCCCUGGUGCUCGGCGUCUUUCGCCUGGCGCUCCUGCUCCAGGUGCCGCACAUCAAGUCCACGCGCAUCUACAGCAUGCUCGUGCUGCUGAGCGCGCUCUCGGGUGCGGGCGCGCUUGGUACCUUGCUCGGCGUCGCCAUUGUCACGAUCGAGGACAACUCGUCGCUGCAUGACGGCUUUGCGUGCGCCACCUACGUCAUGCUGCCGCUGGCGCAGGUGCUGGAGCUGUCGGUCUUUGUCCUCUGUGUGCCUGUUCAUCAUGAGUGGCGGAGGAGGGCAAUCGUGUGCGCCGUGUGGGCCGCAGUCGCCGUGACGGCGACGAUUGCGUUGAUGAGCGCCUACGUUGCCGAGUGGCGUGCGGGCACGUUGAGCGACGACAAGGCGGCGCUACAGUGGAGUGGCGCAAUCUUGGGCAUCUCGUACUACCUCAUCGACCCGCUCGCGUACGUCUCCAUACUCGUAAAUGCGGCGGACCUGUCGGAGCGACCAGUACGUGCCACCGCAGAUCGCGAGGCGGCGCCAUCGCCCGACUCUGCUGCGGUGCCCCUCUGGCGGUUGGCGUGCCGGCACCGUGGUCGAUGACCCUAGUGCCUUUGGAUAUCUCUCCAAGUUACGUCCUGUGCGAGCGCGUACUCGAGUACUGAUCUCAGACGCGCGAGGGGUGUCCGGGUAGGGGCGUCGGCGCCGGCGUGCAGCCGGUUCUUGUCCCUGGUGUACCUGUCUUAUUGCCGCCAGUGUGCGCAGCUGUAAUUGUGUACGAACCUGCAACAACGACCUGAGGUGAAGAGCAGUAUUUU